CCGGGGCGCCCUUGAAAUAGCGGGCGGCGGGUCCGGCUCCCGCAGCGCCCCGGUCCUGGCACCACCAUGGGUGGCAAGAAGGUUUGCAUCGUGGGCUCCGGCAACUGGGGCUCUGCCAUCGCCAAGAUCGUGGGUGCCAACGCGGCGCGGCUGAGCGGCUUCGAGAGCCAGGUGAACAUGUGGGUGCUGCAGGAGGAGGUGGGCGGCCGGCGCCUCACCGACAUCAUCAACGCCGAGCACGAGAACGUCAAGUACCUGCCCGGGCACAAACUGCCCCCCAACGUGGUGGCAGAGCCGGACCUGCUCAAAGCCUGCGCGGGGGCCGACGUGCUCCUGUUCGUGGUGCCCCACCAGUUCAUCGGCAGCAUCUGCGACCAGCUCAAGGGCCACGUGAAGAAAGAGGCCGUGGGGAUGUCGCUCAUCAAG